GCAGCAGAAACAGCCCCGCCCGCUGGGAGGUCUGACUGCGCCGGCGCAACGCCCGCGGCGGCCCGGGACGGGAAGUGGGCGGGGCCGGCCGGGAGCGGCUUGCGGGGCGCGGAGCUGCUGGGUGGCAGUGAUGCCAGUGAGUCAAGACAACCCUGCAACAGAGCAACUCCACCUUCUCGCCACCGACCUCAUCCAGUGACCACCUGUCAGCCAGCUAGCACCUGCCUCCUCAGACUGUCUCUUCCAGGGACCCCAAAAGAACUCAGGACCUAGGCACUGUCCCCUGCCCACCUAGGCACUCUCAAGGCUCCUGGUUCCCCCUUUGAACAGUAUCAGGAAUCGAACUCAGGACCUUGCACUUGCCAGGCAGGUACAACACUGCUGAGCUAAAUCCCUGGCUCCACUCUGCCUUUCUAACAAAAGUGGGCAUCUGGCACUAGUCCUGAGAGUAAGUCAUCCUGUCCCCUCUGCAGAUGCAGCAGAGCUCUGCACAGUGAAGACUAACUGGAGACUGUCACAUCCUGGUCCCAGCUACGAGCCACCCGGGAUGCUCUGGGUGUCACCUCUGGUGCCCCACAGAACAUCAGCCAGAUGGCUUGUGGCUCAGAGAUCCCAGGCUUUCUGGAUAUACUCUUCCGAGACUUCCCAGACCCACUGAGUCCGGAGAGCCCCUUGCCAUGGAAGGCCCUGGGAACAACGCUGAGUCAAGAGGAGGUGGAGGGCGAGCUGACUGAGCUGGCAAUGGGCUUCCUGGGCAGCAGGAAUGUCCCGCUGCCACUUGCUGCAGCCCUGACCCGAGAGGCCAUUUCCCACCUGCUGCAGGCUGAUCUUUCUGAGUUUAGAAAGUUGCCCAGCCAAGAGGAAGAAGGGGACAAUGAGGAAGAGGAGAAGGCUCCAGUGACCUUGCUAGAUGCCAAAGAACUGGCUCGGAGUUUCUUUAACCAGCUCUGGGAAGUAAGUGGCCAGUGGCAGAAGCAGGUGCCGGUUACUGCCCGGACCCCACAGAGGGAGUGGGUGGUCUCUAUCCAUGCCAUCCGGAACACUCGCCGCAGAAUGGAGGACCGGCACGUGUUUCUUCCUGCCUUCAACCUGCUCUUCGGCUUAUCUGACCCUGUGGACCGUGCCUACUUCGCUGUGUUUGACGGUCAUGGAGGCGUGGAUGCUGCAACAUAUGCUGCUGUCCAUGUACAUGUCAAUGCCGCCCGCCACCCAAAGCUGCGUACAGACCCCACAGGAGCCCUCAAAGAAGCCUUCCGGCACACUGAUGAAAUGUUUCUCUUGAAAGCCAGGCGAGAGCGGCUGCAGAGUGGCACCACAGGUGUGUGCGUGCUUGUUGCAGGAACAACCCUGCACAUCGCCUGGCUCGGGGACUCCCAGGUCAUCCUGGUGCAGCAGGGAGAGGUGGUGAAACUGAUGGAGCCACACAGACCUGAGCGAUGGGACGAGAAGGCGCGCAUCGAAGCAUUGGGUGGCAUUGUAUAUUUCAUGGAUUGCUGGAGAGUCAAUGGGACCCUGGCCGUCUCUAGAGCCAUUGGGGAUGUCUUCCAGAAGCCCUAUGUGUCCGGAGAGGCAGAUGUGGCCUCCUGGGAGCUGACAGGCUCUGAGGACUACCUGCUGCUCGCCUGUGACGGCUUUUUCGAUGUCAUCACCUUCCCAGAAAUCACCAGCCUCGUCCACAGUCACCUGGUCAAACAGCAGGGCAACGGGCUCCAUGUUGCUGAGGAGCUGGUGGCUGAGGCUCGGGAGCGAGGCUCCCAAGACAACAUCACAGUUAUGGUGGUUUUCCUCAGGGACCCCCGAGAGCUGCUGGAGGAUGGGGUCCAGGGGGCAGGGGACUCCCAGGCAGGUGUGAGAAGCCAGGACUUGUCCUCUGGCCUCUCAAAGCCUAAGACCAGCACUCCACAGAGAAGCUAGGUAGUCCAGGUCCCCCAUCACCCCCCGACCCUUCCCCCCACCCGUGUGAGUCCCCUCAGAGGCCUUAGGACCUGACAGGCAGUAAUGGGCAGGGUUUGCCCACCCACACAGUGCUUGCCCCAGCACCCCAAGACCAUUGGUGGUGUGUGCUACAGCCUGUCCUGGUGACUGUGGAACUGCUCCAGGCAGGGCUCGGAAGCAGGCAUAGGGAAUAGACCUUACCAAAGUGAAGAUGGCCCAGCAAGUGGCCUGGCUGUUGCUCCUACCUCCCUUUGAGGCAAGGGUGGGCCCAGAAGUCAAAAGCACCUGGUAGCAGCUUGACCAAAGACAGGAUGUGCAUGUGGAGACUGGGUUACAUGUGUAGGGGACCCCCCAGCAGACCUAAGAGCUCCAGACAACUUCGGGCACAUCCUUGGGUCAGGUCGAGCAGGCAGGAUAUCCAGCUCAGGUUUCUCCUGGCUUCUCACCAUGGCCUCGGCUGUGGCCAUGGUGGGAGGAAGGAUCAAGUUGAUGGAUAGGCCUGGCGAGUCCUGGUUGGCCACGUUGGCUUCCCAAAGAAGAGAGAGCAACCUUGCUGGAAAGAGAGGGAGGCCAGGCGUCUGGUCCAUAGCUGCCAGCAGCCACCUGUGUGUGAUGUGCUAGGGCCCCCAAGGCCCUCUUCCUGCCUUCCUUGUGCACCAUGGGAAGGUGAAGCUCAGCACUUACUAACACAAGACGUGUAGGUCAUUUGUGUGUUCAGGUUUUAUUCCAGGAAAAGUCUAAUUCAGAAGCAGUAUUUCAGAUUUUAUCUUCGUUUUGUCAGUGCCAAGAUGACCCACAGUGUCAUAUAAUUUAAGCAAAGCUUAGUGUUUAUUUUAUUUCUUGGAAAACUUAAGUAUUUACUUUUUGAGAGUUUUUUUUAACUAUUUUGGAAACAGUAUUACUGUUUCCAAAUACUGUUCAGCAGUGUUACUGAAUCUUUUUUUUUUUUUUUUUUUUGUAAAUCAGGAUUGAAACAAACUUUUCUAGGUGGUAUUAAUAUAAGUCACUUAAGUGCCUUAAACGGCUAUGGGGAGAUUAGACCUGCUGGUCUGCCAUGGAUUCUGACAGGCCUGUUGAAGUUCUUACAGAAGCUGCAUUUGUUUUGCCUGGAAGGCGUGAUUUUGGCUAGAAAUCUUCCUGGAGUUCUUUUCCUCCUUUAUGUUGCCAGGCACCCCACAGAGCCUCCCUGGGGUGAUUGGCAGGAGCCCAGACCACAGGGUAGCCAUUUGCUUCCUUAACUGCCUGGCCCCUGCCAUGCUGGUCUCUGGUUGGAUCCCAGACAGAGUGACCUUACUGCUAAUUGGGUAGAAUGUUCCAGAAUGUCUUUGUAUAUUUGUGAUUACACUGGUUUCUUAGGGGAAAAUGCUUAAUUAAGAGGCUCUGGCAAGCCCAGAGGCAGGCCGGUGUCUUGGCUUUGUCUGGAGGCAGGAGAUGGGAUAAUUCUGGCAACCUGACAGCACCGGCCACAGCCUCCCAACCCCCUACUCCCAAGCUGGUGUCCUUUGCUGGGCUUUGUCCUGUAGCUGCAAGAAGGAAGGGCUCCAUGUCCCCUAGAAUACUGGGAAGGUAAGGCUCAGACGUGGUGAUACUCAGGUGUCUCAAGGAGCUCACAUAGUAUAUGCAGAGUUGAAAGUGGCAGGACUGGGGAGGAAGCCAGGCAGAGGCAGGAACAUGAGGCAGGGAAGAAGGGCCCUGGAGGCCCAUGGAGAACAGCCUCAGAGGAAAGGGCUGAGCAGCAGUGGGACUGCUCCCACAGAGGUCUGAGGGGCAGUGGUGGCUUAACUAAGGCUUGUGACAGCGACAGAGGAAGCUUGGCCAUGAGAUCCCUGCAGAAGUGAUCAGAGCCCACCUGCAUGCAGUAGGGUACCAGAAAGCUCUGGAGAGUUGGAUUCAAGGCACCUUGCCCUUCUCCCAGCUCACAGAAGGGACAGAUGCGCAAAAGCCCCCAGCCAAGUCUACAUCCACAGAAAGGGCAGAGCCAGCUCUGGUGGGGCAAGCUGCCUGCAUCCUCAGCUUCUCCCCUCAUUCCCACAGUGGGGCUUCAGGAGGUGAAACCAUGCCACCAAGGCCUUCCUUGCUCAGUCUCCUGAUAGUCGGCAUCUUAAACAUUGUCAUUCAGAGAAUGGUUGGCCACCAACAACGACUGGCCAUUGCUUAACUUGAAAGCUCUGCUGCUUUUAGAGGGCCAGAAGCCAGGGCCCCUUAUGUGCUCUCAGCAGAGGGCUGGGCAAGAUGCAGGGAUGUGGCUCCACCCUUCACUACCAGCCCAUCCUACUCACGGCAGUGACCUUGACUGAGAGAGGGUUUUCUUGUUUUUCUUUGCUAAUUCUUAUUCUGUUCAUUGCUGCCAAGAGAGGAGUUGUACCCCAGCGACAUUUGGAUCAUACCCUUUUCUAGUCUGCUUUAUUCCCUGGCCCAAGGCUCUGCCAGAUCUCCUCUCCGGCUUGGCACAGAGGGAAGCCCCUUCCCCAGGCUUGUCUGAACACCUACCCUCACUCCUGAGUGGGCCUGCUGUCCCAUGGGGACAGCCAAGGCCCUGCAGGCAGAGACGUGGGCUGCCACUGAUGGGGUGCAGUCAGGGACUGGCCUUGCACUAGCUUCUGGGCACAGAGAAGGACCUUUCUUGACUGGGGCUGGACCCAGAGCCUCUGGGCGUCUUCAGCUUCCCAAACUUCUGGGCCACCCCUUGAGGCCAUAGCCCCAAGAGGGUCCCUGGCCAGGGACACUAUUCUGAAAAUCUGAAUUCCAUUUCAAGGACCAGCUUUGCCACCAGUUCAGUGUAUAAGCUGAGCAAGUCAUUGUACCUUUCUGGGCCUCAGUUUCCCUUUUUUAAGGCACAGGGGUUGCAUAAUGUCUACUGUGUCUCUAGCCGGGAAUUCUGGAAAUGUAGGGGCUACUCGAGGUGAGCCUGGCAUGUCCUGGGGAGAUACUGCCAGCUCUGAGGGCCCCUCCUCUCUUGCCAGCGGGGAGGGGUGAUUAAGUAUUAUUAGUGUCUAUUCUUAAAAUUAAGUGGGUUGGAAAAGAAUCAACUUACAGAUGCCAGCGCCUUAUAUGGAAUACAAACGCUGGAGAAAUCAAACCCUGCUUUUACAGGUGCUGCUGAUUCCCAGCUGAGUCCUGCAGGGUGGUAGAAUUAGGAGGGGCAGGAAGGCACAGCCAAUUCUCAAGGGUGUCCUAGUCAAAAUCCAGGACAGAGAGUAUGUUUUAGGGGGGUAGGGACAUGGUGUGGGUGUCACACACCCCAUGAGAGACGUACAGACUCCCUGAGAUCUAACUCAAGUCCUUGCCACUGACCAGCGUCUGUUUCUUGCCCUCCUGGGGCAACAUGCAGCCCCUGUCUUUGCCCUCCCCUGCCACGGCAUGUUCCAGUGUGGGCAUCCUGGCUACCUCAGCAGUAUUCCCAGGGCUGGGAGGCCAGCUCUGGCCACUCCUAAGACCUAGCCCCCAACCCAUGCUGCCUAGAAGCCAAGUAGGCCUGUGUAAAAUAAGCUGUUUGGUUUGAUUCUGCCUCCACAGUCCAAAAGGGGCAGACCCCGGAGUCCUGUGCUUUUGCUGAGGCUCCUCAACUUUGCCAAAUGCGCCGAGCUUUGCCAUUCACGUGCUAUGUGGACCUUGCCAAAGGUUUAUCUGUGCACACUUUGGGGGCUUCCUAGGAGUUGUGUUCUUGCACAGCAGGGAAUCUUGUUCCAAGACGUGACUGUUUCCCCUGUAGUCUUAGGGACAAGUCCCAAGGUAAAGGGACCAAAAGCGUAUUUUCUUCCCAGGACCCCCAUGUAAAGUGUCAAUAAACCAUGAGUUGUCAGACUGUCA